AUGGAGUCUGUCAGCAUGAUUCCUCAGCUCCUCUCCGUCUCUCCUGCCGCUGCUUCUGGGCCACUGCCAACCUCUUUCGUCCUCCCUGGAGUACAGAGGCCACCUCUGGAGUACAACUCAGACCGUGCCAUCCCUUCACGCACCAUGGGGCCUUGGAGGCAGGGGCAGGCUGGGACCCAGGACUAUUGGCCCCUGGGGCUGGGCACCCUCCACUGCCCUCACGGCCUGGAGGGUGUCUUCGGAUGUUCAUGGAAGGCAUUCUCCCCCAGAGGCCUGGGACACAGUCUCCCUGCCUCUGCAUUACAAGGCCCCAAAUAUGGUCCCUAUUGCUGGAUUUUUGCAAACAAACUGUUACUAGAGAAAUAA